AUGAGAAAUAAGAAACGACUGAUGUUGGCGGAAGAAUUCGAGGAAGAAGAAGGCGUUCAUUUGGAGCGAAAAGGAGAAAAAAGAUCAAGGCGCAGGGGCAAUGGCCAUGGAGAUUGCAGUGAGCAUGAGAAUAACAAGUGCUUGAGGAGAUGGGUGUUUGAGUUAAUAGCUACUAUUGAGCUGAACUACACAGUGGUUGUGACAGAAAGGAAUGAUGAUGCAAAUCUUACAGUUCUAGAACCAAAGAAUGCUAAUGCAGGAGCUAUUGAUCCAGAACAAAGCAGUGCUGACACAAAUCUUACUAGGAAAAAGAUAGAGAGUACAAAAGGACAGGAUGAUGUUGUGAAAGAGAAUUCAGAAAACGUUUCCAAAAGGGUGGGGGAAAUUCUUCAACAAUUUGAAAAGGAAGGAUUGUUCGAUAACAUAAUUUCAGAAGCUGGAGAUAGUAAUACAUCUUUGACAGCCAAAAAGCUUACAAAGGAAGGAUUGUUCGAUGACAAAACUUCAAAAGCUGGAGAUAGUAAUACAAUUUUGAGAGCCGAAAAGCUUUCAAAGGAAGGAUUAUUCGAUGACAAAACUUCAAAAGCUGGAGAUAGUAAUACAAGUUUGAGAGCCGAAAAGCUUCCAAAGGAUGUUGAAGGAAACACUUCAAAAGAUGGGUUGCCACUAGAUACUACUAAUGUUAAUCUUGAACAAAAGAUCAACAGAAAUAAGAGGAAGAAUAUGUACGUAGAAGUGUCUUCAAUGGUGACUGAUAUAAUGACUCGUGAAGAUAGAAUGAAGAAACACGAUCCAAUGUACACUGGUGGAACUGACUACUCAGAAAAAAAAAAAUUAAAAAAGCAAAGAGCAAAUUCAACAUUGAUUCAAGAGAAGAAAGAGUGCAAAGAAGAAAUAAUAAGACAGAACAGGCAGGAAAUGAACCUUUGCGGCAACCGGUUGUUCAAAAGAAGAAAAGGAACGAGAGAACUAAAUUGAAAAAAAA